CCGCAACAUCAACAUCCACCGACAGAUUCACUCAGUAACACAAAACUCUUAACAUUAAAAGCGUCUCCGUUUGAUUCAGGAGUCUGAGGAUGUCGGGACAGAAGCGUCCUGCUGACCCCAGCGGCGGCCCCUCGUCCUCCGGUGCACCCUCAGAGAAGCGGAGGGAGAGGGAAGGAGAGGACGGAGGUCCCGGUGUCAGCGCCGCUGCCGGGGGGAGCACCGCGGUGGAGACGGUCAUCAAACUGGGAGGGGUGUCUAACUCAGAAGAACAAGACAUCAAAGCUCUCCAGGCUAAGAAUCGAAAGUUGGGAGAAGCUCUUGAUCAAAGACAGGUGAUCGAGGAUGAGUUGCGAGAGAGAAUUGAGAGACUGGAGACCCGCCAGGCCACUGAUGAUGCCAGUCUGCUGAUCCUCAAUAGAUACUGGAACCAGUUUGAUGAAAACGUCCAACUGAUCAUCAGGCGUUAUGAUCAAGCAAGCAGCGAACCUGAGAAAUCUCCAGCAGGUGAAGGACGGAGCCUGAAGCCAGAAACACCAGAACCUGAUGGCGACUCCAAUCAGGAGAGGGCCAAGGACAGAGGCCACCAGGGAGAGACGUCAAACUCCUUCCUGGCCACGCUGGCGAGUAGCAGCAGCGAGGAGAUGGAGGCUGAGCUUCAGGUGAGAGUGGAGUCCAGCCAGAAACAGGCCAAUCGUGUGGUGGAGAUCUGUGAGUGUCUGAGGCGCACCGUGGACCAGCUGAAGACAGAAGUGGACCCUGGAGCUGAGGGCAAGUUGUGGCAGGUAGCUUCAAAACUGAAUGUGCUCCUGACCAGUGAAAAUGAGCGGCUGCUACAGCUGACUGAGGACCUCAAGCAGAAGUACAGUCACAUGACGAGCGAGUCCCGGUCUCUGGGUCGUGCAGCUAACAAAGCAGACCAGCGUGUGAACGAACUGCAGGUUCUGAUCGAGGAGCUUCAGUGGGACAUGGAGAAGAUCCGCCGCCGAGAAAACCGACUGAAUGCCCACCUGAUUGAGAUACUGGAGAGGGUGAACAGCAAAGGCUACAAGGUGUGUGGGGAGGCCAGCAGUGUAUGUGGGACCAUUACCAUUAACAAGAGAAAGUUUGAGGAAAUGAACAGCGAGUUGGAGGAGAACCGGGAGCUGGCAGACAACCGUCUGACUGAGCUGCAGAAGCUCCAGCAGGACCUGCAAAAUGUUCACCAGGAAAACAACAGCAUGAAGGCGGAGCUGAUGAGUAGAGCAGAGGGCAUGGUGAAAGAGACUUCAGAGUAUCGCUGUCUGCAGUCGCAGUUCUCUGUCCUCUACAACGAGUCUCUGAUCCUCAAGGCUCAAUUAGACGAGACACGCGCUCGCCUCGGCACUACCAGGACGGCACGCCUUCGUCAGCUGGAGCACAUGGAGAAUGAUGAGGUGGCUCUGCAGAGGAAGGUUCGUACAGAGGUGUUUCAGCUGGAGGACACACUGGCUCAGGUCAGGAAGGAGUACGAGAUGUUGCGCAUCGAGUUUGAACAGACUCUUGCUGCCAACGAGCAAGCAGGUCCUAUUAACAGGGAGAUGCGGCACUUGAUUAGUACACUGCAAACCCACAACCAGCAGAUGAAAGGAGAGGUAGUGAAAUACAAGAUUAGGCUGAGAGAGACACAAGCUGAACUGAACCAGGUCCGAGCUUCAAAGGGCAACGCCAUCCUCCAAUCACAGUCAAGCACAGAGAUGGACGUGAAGGAUGAGACAUCCUCUCCUUCGACCCCAGCCGUCUCUGGAGAACCUGUGGUUAAGACAGAGCCUGACAACGGCUCCUCGACACCCAGCAGCACUGGUGCCUCAGUGAAAACAGAGCCUGGAGUGGAACCAGAGGCAACGAUAAAAGAUGAGGAGAAAGACGAGAGGAAGGAGAAGGAGGAAAAGAAAGAUAAGGACAUUAUAAAGAAAGAGGAGAAAGACAGAGAGCGAGAGAAAGAGAAGGAAAAGGAGAGAGAGAGACCGACCCGCAGCAGUGGGAGCAGCAGCAGCGUGAUAAAGGAAGAGAAGGAGAAGCCAGGGAGCAGUAGCCAACCUGACGAGUCAGCCGGGGAGCGCUUGUCUAUGGUCGGUGGGUCAAAGAGGAAGGAGAUGGAGCAGCUGAAGAUUGUCCGAGCAGAACUCAAGAAAGCACAGGAGUCCCAGAGGGAAAUGAAGCUGCUGUUGGACAUGUACCGCUCGGCACCCAAGGAGCAGAGGGACAAAGUCCAGCUCAUGGCUGCAGAGAAAAAGGCCAAGUCAGAGGGAGAGGAGCUGCGGCAGAGGCUGAGGGAGCUUGAGGAGCGGGAGAGGAGGGAGGGCAAGAAAAUGGCAGAUGAAGAGGCACUGAGGAAGAUCCGGUCUGUGGAGGAGCAGAUCGACAUCCUCAACAAAAAGCUCUCCAUAGCCAAACAGGAGGAGGACGCACUGCUGAGCGAGAUGGACGUGACGGGCCAGGCCUUCGAAGACAUGCAGGAACAGAACAUCCGCCUGAUGCAGCAGCUCAGAGAAAAAGACGAUGCAAACUUCAAGCUGAUGAGCGAGAGGAUCAAGUCCAACCAGAUCCACAAGCUGCUAAAAGAGGAGAAGGAAGAGCUGGCCGACCAGCUGCUCACUUUAAAAACUCAGGUCGAUGCCCAGCUGCAGGUGGUGAGGAAGCUUGAAGAAAAGGAGCGCCUCCUGCAGGGCACCAUCAGCACUGCAGAGAGAGAGCUGGCACUUCGAACACAAGCCUUGGACAUGAACAAACGCAAGGCUCAGGACUCUGCAUUGCUGUCGGAGGAGGUGCGAACUCAGCUGGAGCAGGUUCAGCAGAGGCUCAGCAUGGUCAGAGAGGAGGUCAUUGAAAACAGUAUCUCCAGGGAGAAAGAGUCCUUCAACGCCCGACGAGCACAGGAGGACAUCUCCAAACUUAGGAGAAAGAUCGAGAAGGCCAAGAAACCAGCUGAGAAAAUCAGCAAUGGGGAUGAGAUCCUUAAUGAAGAAAUUAAUGAAUACAAGGCACGUCUAACAUGUCCGUGCUGCAACUCUCGGGUGAAGGACGCUGUACUGACCAAGUGCUUCCACGUCUUCUGCUUCGAGUGCGUCAAGACACGCUAUGACACACGCCAGAGGAAGUGCCCCAAGUGCAACGCUGCCUUCGGAGCGAACGACUUCCAUCGCAUUUACAUUGGUUAAAGCUGCGGUUCCCCCCGCUGUGGAAGGGUCAGCAAGAUAAGCAGUAGUACAAACACUGCUGGGAGCAUCACUGCACGCCAAUGUUUGCUCCUCUGACUAUGUACAUCCCAUGCUCAUGUAUCUACAGGAUGCUAUCAGUGUGAAAUCCUCUCCUCGAUGAUUCCAGCCUUGCGGGGCCACACUGAUGUUCUGAACAGAACGCUUUAAAAAAAAAAAAAAAAAUUUUUUUUUUUAAACAGUGACUGAAUUCAGCUCCAGUAUCCACUACUUUACUGUCCGUUUUCAGAUACUGCUGCAGGAAGAAUGAAGAGAAAUGAGAUUCUGCGAGUUUGCAUCACAAGCUGAUGUUUGUGGUGUUUGUGUGUGUGUGUGUGCACGUGUGCGUGUGCAUUCUAAAACAGGCAAUUAAACGAACCUGUGUACAAAGGAAAUUGUUAGUACAGUGAGCAGACAGCAUUCCUUCCAGUGUAGUAGAUGUUUGAAUCAUGUUGGUAUGUAUGUAUAUACUGUAUGUCAUUAUUGUUUCAUUUUCUAUUUGAAAUCUGCCUCUUUUUUUCUCCAAACUGUCUUUAAAUCUCUGAAGUCUCCUGACUUGAUGCUGUGUAAUUGCUGUUGCUAGUUAUUAAAUUGCCAUCAAAAAUG